CGAACGUCAAAGCACCGUCAGCAUCCUGGAUAACUCUAACGAGUGCAUAACUCUUAAUAGCAGCAUCGACUCUACACUGGAACAAUACCAGGAGGGAAACAACACAAGAAGCAAUGAAAACAACAUAAACAGAGGAUCUGCAAGAUUUGGCAUUGUUAGUAACAACAGCGGUAGCCAAAGUGCUACCAGUAACAGCUCAGAGAAUAGCAAUAACAGCAAUACAGCUAUUGCUUCUAUCGAUCGAGAUCCUACUCAUUUUAGUAGUAUUCGAAUUAAAACAACAUCACGAACAAGAAUCUAUGUGUCCGCGAAAACCCAAAACCGAGUUCUACCACCAAAUCUUCAGCUGCCCUCAGAAUUAAACCACUUGCAAGACCAUGUCCAGGAGAGUGAAGAUGAGGAGCGGCUGGAAAACGCUCACAACUCGCAAAUCUACCACCAGAAUCCCGAACAACCAUCUAAGAGAUCUUCCCAACGCCAAAUUCGAGUUGGGAAAACUACCACAGUACUCUUUGCUGUGACUCUUGCAUAUAUCUUAAGCUUUCUUCCAUACCUAACCGUGAUGGUCAUGAGAAGUAUCAUAAAAGAUCUUGAAGAGAACCUCAGUCCCGUAGGAGAGCUGGCGUAUAAACUCUGCGUCAAAUCCUUCUUUAUAAAUAACGCCAUCAACCCAAUCAUCUACAGUUUUCUCAACCAGGCUUUCAGACAAGACGCUAAACAGAUGUUUUCCAGGAUGUGCUCCAAGUUCUGUGCUUCUAAUCAUGUUGGUCGGACACUACCUCCUGGUGACGCUGUUUAA